AUGGCAGUGAAGUGGUGUUCCUUUGGGUUUGUGUUGUUGGUAGUGUUCGCAUGGUGUGCUGAUGCACAGCCUAACUUGAGGCUUCCUUCGUACAACAACCCCCAACCCCAAAUUACAACCUCCACGCCUAGACAGCCCCAAUGGCCAGAGCCCCAGUGGCCACAGCUGCAGACUCCCCAGAGACCAGAGCCCCAGAGGCCACAGCUGCAGACUCCCCAGAGACCAGAGCCCCAGAGGCCACAGCUGCAGACUCACCAGAGACCAGAGCCCCAGAGGCCACAGCUGCAGACUCACCAGAGGUCAGAGCCACAGGGACCACAACUACAGACUCUCCAGAGGCCAGAGACCCAGAGGCCACAGCUGCAGACUCCCCAGAGGCCACAGCUGCAGACUCCCCAGAUGCCACAGCUGCAGACUCACCAGAGGUCAGAGCCACAGGGACCACAACUACAGACUCUCCAGAGACCAGAGCCCCAGAGGCCACAGCUGCAGACUCAGAGACCAGAGCCCCAGAGGCCACAGCUGCAGACUCAGCAGAGGCCAGAGCCCCAGGGACCACAACUACAGACUCUCCAGAGACCAGAGCCCCAGAGGCCACAGCAGCAGACUCCCCAGAGACCAGAGCCCCAGAGGCCACAGCAGCAGACAUCCCAGAGACCAGAGCCCCAGUGGCCACAGCUGCAGACUCCUCAGAGGCCACAGCAGCAGACUCCUCAGAGGCCACAGCAGCAGACUCCCCAUAGGCCAGAGUCCCAGUGGCCACAGCAGCAGACUCCUCAGAGGCCAGAUCACCAGGGGCCACAGCUACAGACUCCCCAGAGGCAUGAGCCCCAGUGGCCACAGCUACAGACUCCCCAGAGACCAGAUCACCAGAGGCCACAGCAGCAGACUCCCCAGAGGCAUGAGCCCCAGUGGCCACAGCUACAGACUCCCCAGAGACCAGAUCACCAGAGGCCACAGCAGCAGACUCCCCAGAGACCAGUGAUCCAGGGACCACAGCAGCAGACUCCUCAGAGGCCAGUGAUCCAGGGGACACAGCAGCAGACUCCUCAGAGGCAUGAGCCCCAGUGGCCACAGCUACAGACUCCCCAGAGACCAGAUCACCAGAGGCCACAGCAACAGACUCCCCAGCGGCCAGAGUCCCAGUGGCCACAGCAGCAGACUCCUCAGAGGCCAGUGAUCCAGGGGCCACAGCAGCAGACUCCUCAGAGGCCAGUGAUCCAGGGGCCACAGCAGCAGACUCCCCAGCGGCCAGAGUCGCAGUGGCCACAGCAGCAGACUCCCCAGCGGCCAGAGUCCCAGUGGCCACAGCAGCAGACUCCUCAGAGGCCAGUGAUCCAGGGGCCACAGCAGCAGACUCCUCAGAGGCCAGUGAUCCAGGGGCCACAGCAGCAGACCCAGUCCCAGACUCCCCAGCGGCCAGAGUCCCAGUGGCCACAGCAGCAGACUCCCCAGCGGCCAGAGUCCCAGUGGCCACAGCAGCAGACUCCCAGAGUGAUCCAGGGGCCACAGCAGCAGACUCCCCAGCGGCCAGAGUCCCAGUGGCCACAGCAACAGACUCCUCAGAGGCCAGUGAUCCAGGGGCCACAGCAGCAGACUCCCCAGCGGCCAGAGUCCCAGUGGCCACAGCAACAGACUCCUCAGAGGCCAGUGAUCCAGGGGCCACAGCAGCAGACUCCCCAGCGGCCAGAGUCCCAGUGGCCACAGCAGCAGACUCCCCAGCGGCCAGAGUCCCAGUGGCCACAGCAGCAGACUCCUCAGAGGCCAGUGAUCCAGGGGCCACAGCAGCAGACUCCCCAGCGGCCAGAGUCCCAGUGGCCAGCAGUAACCCAAACUCCAGAUCAGAGAUGUCAAGUACCGGUUCGGGAUAUAGUGCAAUGUGGAACCCCAGAUAUUACUCCAUCUCAAUGUCAGGCUAUCUACUGCUGCUUCAAUGGACAGCAGUGCUACUAUGGGAAGGCAGUGACUGUGCAGUGUACCAGGGAUGCUCAGUUUGUGGUGGUGGUGGCCAGGGAUUCCACUUGGCCCAAAAUAGACAUUGAUUCCAUCAGUCUGUUGGGGGGAAAUGACCGCCCCUGCAGUCCUGUUGGCAUCACUUCAGCCUUCGCCAUAUACCAGUUCCCUGUCACUGCCUGUGGCACCACUAUAAAGGAGGAAAGUGGUUAUGUGGUUUACGAGAACAGGAUGGCAUCUUCCUAUAACGUGGGGGUGGGACCUCGAGGCUCUAUCACCAGGGACAGCCAUUUUGAGCUGCUGUUCCAGUGUAAGUACUCUGCCACUGCAGUAGAGGCUCUGGUUACUGAGGUGAACACUAUUCCUGCACCCGCUCCUGUUGCUGCUCCGGGACCCCUCAGUGUGGAACUGAGACUGGCCAAAGGAACAUGCGACACCAAGGGGUGUAAUGACGAGUCGAGAUCCUUCACAUUGUAUUACACUGAGGAAGACUACCCCAUCACUAAAGUCUUGAGGCAGCCUGUGAACGUUGAGGUUCGCAUCCUGGAGAGGAAGGAUCCCAACCUGUUCCUGAUGCUGGAGCACUGCUGGACCACCUCUGAGCCCAGCCCUGUCAGCAUGCCCCAGUGGGAUCUCAUCAUUGAAGAUUGUUCCUACCAGAAUGAUAAUUACCUGACCACCAUGGUCCCUGUGGAACGUUCCUCUGGCCUUCUGUACCCCAACCACUACAAACGCUUUACCCUCGAGAUGUUCACCUUUGUGGAUCACACCCUGUCUCCCCAGAAAGAGCGGAUUUUCAUCCACUGUAGUACAUCUGUGUGCUACCCUACUCCAGGGGUCUCCUGUGAACCGAAAUGCAACAGGCAAAGGAGAGAUGUUGCUGCUGCUCAGAGGAAGACUAUACAGACUGCUGUGGUCUCCAGUGGAGAAGUGGUCCUGGUUGACAAAAAGCCUGUCUCCCCUUCAGACCACUAAUUCAACCAGCUACAGUUUGUAAUGGGGUAUGAAAUAAUGUACUCCGUAAUUCCAUACCGGGAUUUUUCUUGACGAUACUUUAUUUGUUCUUGAUUUGGAAGAAACAUAUCUCUUAUA